AUGAAUCUGCAGGGACAACAAUGUGAGAGCCUGCGAAAAGAAAAACUCAGUCACACAGAAAAUUAUGCAAAUUCCAUACCUUUUUUAUCUGAUUUUACUGUAGUGGACAGAUCAGGUGUAGAUACAGAUGUGGAUUUGGCGGGUUUGGAUGUGGUUUUGGUAUCUGUAGAUAAGGUUAUCACUGUUGUUCUGGAAACAGACAAAAUACAAGUAGGUUUAGUGGUAGAUGUAGUUACAAUAGGUUGUGAUGUUGCAUCACCAGGUUUGGAGGUAGGAACAGUCUCUUUCGGUUUCAGUGAAGCUGUGGUCCCAGCAGAUAUCAAUGGCUGCAUUGUCCUGGACACGGUAACUGAGGAACUGGGUGCUGAUGUUGUGGAAGAGGAGGUGGGUGAAGCUGUGGUCCCAGCAGAUAUCAAUGGUUGCGUAGUCCCGGGCACGGUAACUGAGGUAGUGAGCGUUGAUGUUGUGGAAGAGGAGGUGGGUGAAGCUGUGGUCCCAGCAGAUAUCAAUGGCUGGGUAGUCCCGGGCACGCUAACUGAGGUAGUGAGCGUUGAUGUUGUGGAAGAGGAGGUGGGUGAAGCUAUGGUCCCUGCAGAUAUCAAUGGAUGGGUAGUCCCUGACACGGUAACUGAGGUACUGGGCGUUGAUGUUGUGGAAGAGGAUAGGAGUGUAUGUGUGGUCCCAUCUGGGUUAACCGUUAAUGUGCUCUCAGGUGCUUGAGAUGUUUCAGCAGUACU